GGACUUGACUGGACUUGACUGGACUUGACUUGACUUGACUUGACUGGACUUGACUGGACUUGACUGGACUUCACUUGAUUUACUUGACUUAGUUGACUACUUGACUACUUGACUACUUGACUUGGUUAAUUCGCUUCAAUUCACUUUAUACACAAGUUCGCCUGUACUUUUUCCCUGUUACCAAAAUUCACCACGGCUUUCUGUCCCAAUUUCCAAUUAUCUUCCGUUCCGGCGGUUUAAUUAUUUGGUCAAUUUCUCCCCAAGCUUCCUGCGAAAUAUCAAUUGUCGUUUCACAUCUUCCACCUUGAACCUUUCAUCAACCUUUCCACCUUUCCACCUUUCCACCGUUCAACCCUUUUUCUUUUUGGGCCGUCGACCAAUCCCACCAUUACGAAGAUCUCUCUUCGAUCCUCUCUACAUAAUAUACCCAGACACAGACAGACAGACAGACAGACAACCAGACAGACAACCAGACAGACAACCAGACAGACAACCAACCGCCAAAAAGGGACUCCUUAGUAAUAUCUCGGCUCUUUUCCUGCCAGCUCCUCACGGUUCAUCGAUCCAUCCAUCCACCCAUCCAUCCAUCCACCACAAUCAAUCAUCCUUCUCUCCCUCAUUACAAACGAUUGAACGCAAUUUCAAAUAUCGAACCAUCAAUUUCUUGCGAGAUACCGAUCUAUCGAAUCUCUUAUCAACAUCUAUCUUCUUCCACCUGCGUCCUGACACCUUCCUACACCUUACCUUACCUUCGCCUCACACCUUUCCCUUACGGACCUUUCCCUUCCUUACCUGAACCUCCUUUCAAAACACUUCAACCUUUUUCUUACAGGGACGUCACCUUGUCACCUUGUCGCGCAUUCCAUAUUUCGAUACCCUAAACUUUUUACUCUUUCCCCUUUCGACUUCGAUAAGCCUUCGAAGCUUUUUAUUCAGGGGGAUUUAAGUUGAUGAUAAUCACAUCAAUUCUUACAUUUUAAUCAUUCAAGAUGGCUUCCAAGUUUUUGAGAGAGUAUAAGCUGGUGGUCGUCGGUGGAGGAGGCGUUGGAAAAUCUUGUUUGACAAUUCAAUUGAUUCAAAGCCAUUUCGUCGAUGAAUAUGAUCCUACGAUUGAAGAUUCCUAUCGUAAGCAAUGCGUUAUCGAUGAAGAAGUCGCUUUACUGGAUGUCCUCGAUACCGCUGGACAAGAGGAAUAUUCCGCCAUGAGAGAACAAUAUAUGCGUACCGGCGAAGGUUUCUUAUUGGUAUACAGCAUUACCAGCAGACAAAGUUUCGAGGAAAUCAUGACAUUUCAACAACAAAUUUUGAGGGUUAAGGAUAAGGAUUACUUCCCUAUUAUCGUUGUUGGUAACAAAUGUGAUUUGGAGGGCGAGAGACAAGUUUCAAAACAAGAGGGUCAACAAUUGGCAGAUGAUUUCGGAUGCAAAUUCAUUGAGACGUCGGCGAAAUCGAGAAUUAAUGUCGAUAACGCUUUCUACGAUAUUGUUCGCGAAAUCAGACGUUACAACAAAGAAAUGGCGGGUUACACAGCGGGUGGUGCUAGUGGUGCAAAUAAUGGUGGUCCACAAGGAAAGAUGGAGGUUAGUGAGGGUGAGAAGGAAAGUGGAUGUUGUUGUAUCCUCAUGUAAAUGGUGAAUGUGAUGAAGAUUGGGGAAGAGGGGAGAGACACUGGUGGUAGUUGGGCGUAUAUUAUGGAAUUUGAAGAGAUGUUGUGUUAUAUUUGCAAAGGAAAGAUACCAAAACAAUUUUCUAAAAGGAGAUAGUUUGAUGGAUGGCUGGAUGGCUGGAUGGAUGGACAGAUGUACGAUGUGGAUCUUUGAGGAUACAAUGGAUAUUGAUGGAUGGAUGGCAUGGAUGGAUUGGGAUGGGAUUUCACAAAUAAGAUGUUAGUAAUUUUGGGGGAUUGACUUGCUGUUGAUAUGCAUAUAUUGGUGGAGUGAAGGAAACUGGAGUACAGUGAAGAGAAGUGAUCCUUCAUACAAUACGUUGUUUGAGGGAUACAUGGAUGGAUAGAUAACUGAAUAGAUUGAUGGUGGAGGAUGGAUGAGAGUGAGUGGUGAGAUACAUGGUUUAAAAAAACAUCUAUUCUUGAAGAUAGUUAGGGUAUGGAAAAUAGUGAGAGGGAAUUGAUAGGAAGGGAAGAGAAGCCAGAGAAGGAGUUGUGAGAUGAGAAAGGGGAGAUAUUCUAAGUUCAGCCUCUUCUUCUUUUUUUUUAUAAUGAUACUCCUUUUUAAAUGUUAUGGAUGGGAUUCUUCGAUUCUUGGUUCGUUUGAAUAUUUCGAAUGUUUUGGUGACGGGA